CAAAGGAAAGGUCUCUCUUCACUGGUCAUUUAUUUCUUCUUCAAAACCAAAAGUCGCCUUCUUAACUGUUGACGGUUACUGUUACCGUGAGCUGACAUGGCGUUACCGGUGGUUGACACAGAGUACCUGAAGGAGAUCGACAAGGCUCGCCGCGAUCUUCGCGCUUUAAUUGCUUACAAGAACUGCGCUCCUAUCAUGCUCCGUUUAGCGUGGCAUGACGCGGGAACGUAUGACGUGAAAACGAAGACCGGUGGACCAAAUGGCUCAAUCAGGAACCAAGAGGAGUACUCUCACGGUGCCAAUAAUGGCUUGAAAAUUGCACUUGAUUUCUGCGAGGAAGUCAAGGCUAAACAUCCGAAGAUAACAUAUGCAGAUCUAUACCAGCUUGCGGGUGUUGUGGCGGUUGAGGUUACUGGAGGUCCUACUGUUGAUUUUGUCCCUGGUAGAAAGGAUUCCAAAAUUUCUCCCAAGGAAGGGCGUCUUCCAGAUGCCAAAAAAGGUCCACCUCAUCUAAGGGAUAUCUUCUACCGGAUGGGUCUGUCUGACAAGGAUAUAGUAGCACUUUCAGGGGGCCAUACUCUGGGACGAGCCCAUCCAGAAAGAUCAGGUUUUGAUGGUCCUUGGACCAGGGAACCUCUGAAGUUUGAUAACUCAUACUUUGUGGAACUGCUGAAUGGGGAAUCAGAAGGGUUAUUACAACUUCCAUCUGACAAGGCUUUAGUUGAAGACCCAGAGUUUUGUUGUUAUGUUGAGUUGUAUGCAAAGGAUGAGGAUGUAUUCUUCAAAGAUUAUGCAGCAUCACAUAAGAAACUUUCAGAACUAGGGUUUUCUUCGAGUUCCUCGAAAGUGAUUCAAAAAGACUGUAGCAUAUUGGCUCAAAGUGCAGUCGGAGUUGCUGUCGCUGCUGCAGUGGUGAUCCUAAGCUACGCAUACGAAGUUCGGAAAAGGAUGAAGUGAACAAGAUAGUUCUAAUAUUGAAAUGUUAAGAUGUACCAUCUACCACCUUGUUGAACCCUCCAGUUUACUCGUAACAAUUCUUAUGCAUAGAAUUUGACAACAAUAAUAACGAGUGGACCAUUCUAUUAUAGAAACAAUUUCAUGGUGGUUUCUUGUUCAA